UACUCUACAGAUCUGACUUGCCUUUUUAAAAGAGCAAGGCCACUGAGGAAGCAGUGUCGUCUUGGGUCUCCUUUCAUGAGGCAAUCUAGUGUCUGUAUUUUUGAACUCUAAAGCCUUUGUCUCACUGAACAACAGGUUCCUGAUUGUUUUUAUGGCUUUUCUCAGCUUCAUUUAACAUGCAUAGACUCAGCUAUACCAACAGAAGAUCUGUACUUUUUUAAAAAUAGACAUUUUAAGACAUCCAUUCACGUGAGGUGUCCAAUAAUCAGGCAUGUGAUCCUUGCGUCCACUCCACACUGGAGUACCCAUGCUGAGACCUUCCAUUUGUACACAGAGAGGCUGGAAGGGACUCCCCAGUCCACAGAAAUGGCUUGGGUAAUUUUUCGCUGUUGUGAACCAUGCUCACAUGUAGAUGACUCAGAUACAGGGGAUGAGUUCUCAAAUAAGAAAAAAAAAAAAUCCCAUUGUUACCCAUUGUGGUAACUAGAAUUCAGUUUUAGUUAAACAAGCAGUUAUCUUUAGUGUCUUUCCAAACAAGACAGAUGCAUAGACCUGUAGGUCAGCGCCAGUUCUAUCAGAAACGCUCCGUGUGUGGUGGUCUGGGCACUCAGUAGACAGGGUCGAGCUCCUUCUUCUUGGACAGGAUCAGAUGGAGACAAGGCUUUUCAUUUCAACAUAUACUGCCGCAGCCAUCGCCACUCUGUUGCUUCCUCAAAAGCUUCGGCAGCUCCAGCUUUUUGCAGCCAACUUUGAAACAAGACGACCAAGCAUCGGCCUCGGCCUUUCUCCUCCCGGCAACCUGAGGAACGACUCAGGUGGAAGCCCUCAACAUAAUCCACCUACACACCGGCUCCGUAUUAUUAAAGUCAGGGUCGGUGAGGUCUGUCUGACACUGCACCUUUCUAGUGAGCGUUUCUGCUCGAAACAGCCGAGGGCCGUCCCUCCCGAGCCAGCCUCCAUCAGCCCUCUCCCCGGCGAGCGGCGGCUCUGCGCCUGCGCACCGCGCCCGCCCCUGCGUCACGACGGCGUCGGGCGAGGCGCAUGCGUGGAGGUGCUCGGCGUUUCUAAGGCGCUGGAUUGGGAGGAGGCAGUGGGGCAGCAGGACCAGGAACUGCUCCAGCUGCGGCUGGGAGGGGACCGGGAGACGCCCGCCGUUGCGUGUCGUUCCUAUGGGGCCUUGAGGAUAUAGCCCCGGCUAGAGAGGGCUUUUCGGUUGGAGCUGGUGGGAGGAUGGAGGGUCAGGCGGCUCCGGGAGCUGGCGGCGGUGAGGAGCCGCUGAGCUCUGCCAGGAUGAACCCGAAGCGGGGUGGGCGCGCCGCGGAAGAGGAGAGCCGGAACAAGCCCAAGCUGAAUAUUCAAAUAAAAACUUUGGCAGAUGAUGUGCGUGACAGAAUAACGAGCUUCAGAAGAUCAGCAGUGAAAAAAGAGAAACCUCUUAUUCAGCAUCCUAUUGACUCUCAGCCCUCUAUAAGUGAAAUUCCACUUGCCCAGGCACUUGUUGAUGAGCGUUGUAUGAACUUAUCAGAAAAAGAAGUUAUGGAUCUCUUUGAAAAGAUGAUGGAAGACAUGAAUCUAAAUGAAGAACGGAAAGCUCCUUUAAGAGAUAAAGACUUGACUACGAAACGUGAGAUGGUUGUCCAAUACAUUUCUGCAACUGCCAAAUCCAUAGUCGGAAGUAAAGUUCCGGGUGGACUGAAAAACAGCAAGCAUGAAUGUACACUGUCUUCACAAGAAUAUAUUCAUGAAUUGCGAUCUGGAAUUUCAGAGGAGAAGCUUCUUAAUUGUCUAGAGUCUUUGAGAGUGUCUCUAACAAGUAAUCCAGUCAGCUGGGUUAACAAUUUUGGACAUGAAGGUCUUGGACUUCUGUUGGAUGCGUUGGAAAAGCUUCUGGACAAGAAACAGCAAGAAAGUAUUGAUAAGAAGAAUCAGCAUAAACUUAUCCAGUGCCUCAGAGCGUUUAUGAACAAUAAAUACGGAUUACAAAGGAUUCUAGGAGAUGAAAGAAGCCUUUUGCUGUUAUCAAGAGCAAUUGAUCCAAAGCAGCCACAUAUGAUGACUGAAACGGUGAAAAUACUUUCUGCUAUCUGCAUUGUUGGAGAGGAAAAUAUUCUGGACAAGCUCUUAGGUGCUAUAACAACUGCUGCUGAAAGGCACAACAGGGAACGUUUUUCUCAGAUUGUUGAAGGACUGGAGAACCAUGAGUACUUACAGCUGCAGGUAGCGUGUAUGCAGCUCAUCAAUGCCCUUGUUACUUCUCCAGAAGAUCUUGAUUUCAGGAUACACUUGAGAAAUGAAUUUUUACGUUGUGGCCUGAAGAAAAUAUUGCCUGGCUUGAAAGAUAAGGAUAAUGAAGAGCUUGAUAUUCAGCUGAAAGUGUUUGAUGAAAACAAAGAAGAGGAUUUAAUUGAACUGUCACAUCGACUCAAUGAUAUCAGAGCUGAAAUGGAUGAUGUGAAUGAAGUGUUCCAUCUGCUUUAUAAUAUGUUAAAAGAUACUUCCUCUGAAAAUUACUUCUUGUCAAUACUCCAACAUUUCCUUCUCAUCAGAAAUGAUUACUAUGUCCGACCUCAGUAUUACAAGAUAAUAGAAGAGUGUGUAUCGCAGAUAGUACUGCACUGCAGCGGUAUGGACCCGGAUUUUAAAUGCAGAGGAAGGAUGGAUGUGGAUUUUACUCAUCUUGUUGAUUCAUGUGUGGACAAAGCUAAAGUUGAAGAGAGUGAAAAGAAAGCAGCAGAGUUUUCCAAAAAGUUUGAUGAAGAGUUCACAGCUCGGCAAGAGGCGCAAGCAGAGCUUCAGAAGCGAGAAGAGAAAAUCAAAGAACUCGAAACGGAAAUCAAACAGCUACGAACCCAGGGUUCGAGCCAAACAGGUCAACUGACAGAAGUAGCAUCAUUACCUCCAACCCUACAAAGUGAGAAUGCACCACCACCUCCUCCUCCGCUGCCUGGUGGAGCAAUACCACCUCCUCCUCCGCUACCUGGUGUAGCAAUACCUCCUCCACCUCCUCUACCUGGGGGAGCAGUGCCGCCUCCGCCACCACCUCCACUACCUGGUGCAGCCAUACCGCCACCACCUCCGCUGCCUGGUGGAGCCAUACCGCCACCGCCUCCACUCCCUGGUGGAGCAAUACCUCCACCACCUCCUCUGCCUGGUGCAGCAGGACCACCACCACCUCCUCCACCUCCUCCUCUGCCUGGUGGAGCGGUUCCUCCUCCACCUCCUCCUCUGCCUGGUGGAGCGGUUCCUCCUCCACCUCCUCCUCUGCCUGGUGGAGCGGUUCCUCCUCCACCUCCUCCUCUGCCUGGUGGAGCAGUACCUCCUCCACCUCCUCCUCUACCUGGUGGAGCAGUACCUCCUCCACCACCAGCUCUCGGAGGUACUUAUUUUGCUCCGUUUCCGGUGACACCAGCAUUACCACAUGGAAUGAAGGAGAAGAAGAAGUAUAAUCUGGAAGUGGCAAUGAAGAGAAUCAACUGGUCAAAGAUUGAGCCACAGAAGAUAGCAGAAAACAGCUUUUGGGUAAAAGCUGAAGAAGAUAAAUUUGAAAACCCAGAACUGUUUGCAAAACUGGCAGUUACCUUUGGAACACAAAUGAAAGCUAAAAAGCCAGUAGAAGAAUCUGAAGAGAAGAAAACAGUUCAGUCAAAGAAAAAGAUCAAGGAGUUAAGAAUUUUGGAUGGAAAAAGUGCACAAAAUUUAUCAAUAUUUUUGGGUUCUUUCCGAUUGCCUUAUGAAGAAAUAAAAAAUAUCAUUUUGGAGGUGGAUGAAGAGAAGCUGAGUGAAUCGUUAAUUCAGAAUCUAGUGAAGAACCUUCCUGAGCAGGAUGAACUCAAUGCCUUAGCUGAAUUAAAGAAUGAAUAUAAUGAUCUUGCUGAGCCAGAACAGUUUGGAGUUGUGAUGAGCUCAGUGAAAAUGUUACGGUCACGUCUCAAUGGGAUCCUUUUCAAGCUGAUGUUUGAAGAGCAUGUGAACAAUAUCAAACCUGACAUUAUGGCAGUUACUCUGGCUUGUGAAGAGCUCAAGAAGAGUGAAAGCUUUAGUAAGCUUUUAGAGUUAGUGCUCUUCCUUGGAAACUACAUGAACUCUGGCUCCAGAAACGCACAGUCUCUUGGUUUUAACAUCAGCUUCCUUUGCAAGAUUCGAGAUACUAAGUCAUCAGAUCAGAAAACAACCCUGUUGCACUUUCUGGCAGAAAUCUGUGAGGAGAACUACCGGGACAUCUUAAAAUUUCCAGAUGAAUUGCAGCAUGUUGAGAGUGCAAGCAAAGUUUCAGCUCAGACUCUGAAGAGCAACCUUGAUUCAAUGAAGCAUCAGAUCCAGUGCCUUGAAAAAGACAUUGAGAAAUUCCCGAAGACACAGGAUGAACAUGACAAGUUUGUAGAAAAGAUGAGCAGCUUUGCUGAAAGUGCCCGUGAGCAGUACGAGAAAUUGUCCAACAUGCACAACAACAUGACUAAAUUGUAUGAAAACUUGGGAGAAUACUAUACUUUUGAUCCCAAAGUAAUAAGCAUCGAAGAAUUCUUUGGUGAUCUCAGCAACUUCAGAACGCUAUUUCUGGAUGCGUUAAAAGAAAACAACAAAAGGAGAGAAUUGGAGGAGAAAACGAAGAGAGCCAAAUUGGCAAAAGAGAAGGCUGAACGAGAGAAACUGGAGAGACAGAAGAAGAAGCAGCAGCUGAUUGAUAUGAACAAAGAGGGUGAUGAGACAGGCGUGAUGGAUAGUCUGCUUGAGGCCCUGCAGUCAGGAGCAGCAUUCAGAGAUCGCAGGAAACGAGCUCCAAGACCACAAGAUAACAGACGAGUCACAUUGGAAAGGUCCCGUUCUCGCCACAAUGGAACAGUCGCAGCUGUAUGAUUCUUCUGAUGCCAAAGAAUUAGUCAAUUGUUUUAUUUACAAUAAAGUGGAAGUACUUUGAAAUGAAUUUAUUGUAUAAAUUGGCAACAAUCAUAAAGGAAUACUGGGCUUGAUUAAAUGAGAAGGUGUAUAAAGGUUAUGUAGUUUAAAAGCUAUUGCUGAAUAAUCCACAUACUGUAUUUUAUUACCCCCAACCACCAAGAUAUGUAAACAGUGUUAAACAGUAAGAUAUCUUAUUUUCUUAGGUUCUUUUUUUCCCCCUUUUUAUUUGGCCUUUCAUUUUUUUUUUAAAUGCUGGCAACUUACAUGAAAGGUGUUGGGGAUACAAAUUUGUCUGAAAGAAUGCAGCUGUGGAUUCCAUUUGCAGUUCUUGUUUGGACACGGAAGGAAGAGAAGAAAUAAAACUGUAUGUUAAUAAAUUCAGAGGUGAGCUGGUCUACAUUAUCAGAAUCUUUUUUGUAACCAUUGAAACAAACAAACAAACAAAAAAAAAAACAAACCCAAACCAACACACAUAACCCCAGUAAGGUUGCUGAAAAUGUAAAGCUUGGUGGAUUCAGCUAUUUUGACUGCAAAUAGGAUAUACUACAUAUCUACACUUCUGGUGAUACAAUGAUGUAUAUAUCACUGCUAACAAAAUUAGACUGAAACAGAGCAUAGUAUUUUACCAAAAGUAAAUGCUGUCAAGGGCAGGAUAUGUUUUUAACUUUAUCUAAGGAGGGAUUUUUCUAAUUAUGCACUUAUAUAUUCUUUAUAAAGAUAUUGGGGGGGGGGGAAUAUGAUUGUCCUGUUUUAAUUAUGCUAAAAAAUACCUUUGUGUAGCUUUUUAGAGACAAGCUACGUUAUGAAGUUAUUCAGAACUGCCUCUGAGUUUUUCCUCUGUUUCUCAGGUAAAAUAUGUAGCGGGAUCUCUACUGAUGGAUUUUAGUGCUGAGGGUUUAGCAGCUGAGAACAAAUUUUCUACCAGAGCACUAUAUAGCAGUGAUCAAUGAUUGCAGCAGUCUGAGUUUUUGGGAAGCUCUUCCCGUUCUACUUCGUAUACAGGCCCCUUGCACUGCAGUACCUCAGGUGAGCAGUCAGUUGAGUAGCUGACACUGUGUAAUGUUCUGCCACUCAAUGGGAAAUAAUAGUUCCCUUUUCUCCCCAGACUCUAGUUGAAUGUACAGUAUGUUUGGUGUUCAGGUCAGUCUUCACCAUCCUUUUUACUAAAGGUCCAUUGUUUGCCUGGAUGGGAUGGAGGAUUUUAAGCAGGAGUUCCAGUGGAACUACUCAUAUGUUGCUCAGCCAUCUUACUUUUAACGAUAGCUGAGAUGCUGUGUAGUCGAUGGCACUUGAUCUCAAGUUAUUAUUGCUUUUCACUGAUGGAUCAAUUACUAUGAAUACUUCUAUUGCCUGAUGUUACGGGGAACUUAUUUUUAAUGUUAUAAAAAAGCUACUAGGAAAGUCAAGUGUCACAUUGUUUUCUGUGCACAAACUGCUAGCUCUAGAGGAGCAUCUGCUACUGAUGCAUUGUAACUUUGCACUACUGCUUGAGCCAAGCAUCUCUGAACAGUAGGUUCUUUUUGCUUCUCCGCUGAGAUACUCUUUAACAUUAUCUGAGUAGUUUGGGAUAAAGUCUCACAAUUUCAAACUACAAUGAUUGAUAUCCAAUUAUUUUAUUAAAAGAUACAGCUCCUUUUCAAUCUAGUAUUGAAAGGAUGAAUUCUUUUAAUUGUCAUCAAAGGGGCUUUGUCCUUUGCUAUUUCUCUAAACAAAGGAAUAUGACUGAAGCCUAGUGAAAUGCGUGCUGAAAGCUGAUAUUCUUUCUAAACAGUUUGGGGUUCAUCGUGGUUGUAGUAACAAACUGAAGAGUUGUAUGGUACUUCAGAAAAAAAAUGCAUGCUACAGGAUUUUAUCUCCCUGUUUAUCGGUAAGAGAUACAAAGAAAUAAAUCCUGGUUUGUGUAAGGUCAACAUCAACCUGGUAUUGAAGCAUAACUUUUAUUUUUUAAUGCAGCUGUUCCAGUUAGAGAUAUAAAAAUAUACAAAGCCAGUUAAAAAGGAUUAGGUUCAUAAUGUCUCUAUCAAUUUGUACUUCAAUGUUAUAAUUCAGAGCUUAAACUGAGCAGCACAUUGCUGGGAUUUACAAGUCCUGGUCUAAUCUUUAGAGAUGAAAACUCAAACCCACACAUCAAAAUCUUUAUACUGUAGCAGUAAUGAUUAGUGCACGAGGUGGGUUUUGGGUUUUGUUUUUUUUUCAUUUCCAUGGGGUUUAUUUUUUUCUUUAAAGCUCUGUGAAAGCUGACUACAGAUUUUUCACUAACUAUAUCUUAGAAGAAAAAAAAAAAAAAAGAGAGAGAGAAGGAGAAAAAAAGGCAUAUCCAAAAUACCACCACCACCACCUGAUGCUUCUAUUUUACUACUAUUUUUUUUUGUUUGUUUUCAUCUUUGGAACAUUUCUGUAAUGUAAAGACAUAUCUGCUAGAACAAAAGUGUCUUUCAAAAGCAAAGUAGUUUAGAGGGUAAUUUAUGUAAAUAUAGGGUGCUCGUAUUUAUGAAGUCUAAACUAUUUUCUGAAAUGGAUGCUGGUCACUUUUGUCUUUUGAUAGUUUUUUCAGUCUAUAUUAAAUUGCAGAUAUUUUUACUGUUUUUUAUUAUCGCUCUAAUUUUCGGCGGUCUCACGUGUUUAGAAGUGUUGGAAGAGUAGCACCUUUUUCAGAAAUGCACUUGCCUUAUUUUCUAAUUUAAAAAGAAAAAGAAGAAAAAAAAAAACAACAACAAAAAAAGGACUAUAUCAGUUAAAUUAUAUUUGUAUUCAAAGUAAUCCCAGAAAGAAAAUCGCUGGAGGGUUCAUACAUAAAUUUCUUGCUAAUUACGUUUCACUAUAUGUCCUCUGAGACAUUACUUUACCCAUAUACCAGCACAUCUGUUUGCAUUCACAUUUUACCAGUUACAAGUACUGAAGACUCUUCUUUCUUGCUUUUUUUUUUUUUUUUGUUUUAUGAUGUUACACUGUUUACAUUUCUUAGUUUAUUUAAAAGGAAGAUAAGCAAAUCUUUGCAAUGAAUUGAACUAAAUUUGCAAUGGACAGGGGAAUGAAAUGUUUAAAUCGUAUCCAAAUGUACAUCUCUCGUUGCUUAACUACUGGCUGUACAGAUCAGAAAUGUAAAGACACUAUAUAGGCUUUUUGGGGUCAGGUUUUGCUCAGUUUACUGAGGGGGGGAGGAAAAAAAAAAGUGCAACACAGUUUGUCAUGUAUGUUUGUGAUUCAACAAAUAGCCUUUCCCAGCACAUAACUGAUGUUUGGUUUAAGUGUUAAUCAUAUUAAGAACUGAUGCUAAAGCCAAAACAAAAUUAGUGCCUCAGAGGGCACUGACAAACAGCUUCAGGAAGUAUUCCCAGAAAGACUAUUACGUAAUGUGCUCUGCUUUUAGGCAACCACGGUCAACACGACAAACGUUACCUAAAACUAACUGUUCUUUCUUGAAAUUCCAGAGACAAAUGCAAGCAUUCCCUUAGUUCUUUUCUGUAAUAUGCAAAUAGUUCUGAAUAUCUGUAUAUUUUUGCAUUUUUUGUUGUGUGGUAUAUGUACUACCUCAGGCAAAUGCUGUAAAAACCAUAAUGUUUUCAUGGUUUCUAUCCAAACCACAGUUCAUCAGUGACCUAUUUUGAAUUCAUCCCACAAAAGACAAAUGGUUUGCAAAACUGGGAGAAUCUGGCUGAGUUUUAGGUUUGGCUCUGGAAAUUUUCCUGUAGCUUUCAUUAAGAAAACUUUGCAAUGUUCAGCUUUUGCAUCCCUCAGGCAAAUCCUGCUUUGAUGGGUGAAUUUAAUACUUCCUAUACUGAGUAUGAUAUAGCUAGUAAAUAUUUAAAGCUGGUAAUAGUUGUGCGGGAGCAAACUUACCUAGAUAUGUAAAUUGCUUCUUAUCCAUUAAACAAAGGCUUGGCUGAAUUAUACUUUAAUGUUUGCCUUCAAAUUGCUGAGAGGUCAGGCAUAACAAAUGCUAAGUGAUAAUGCAAUGUAAAGCCCACCUCUUAAUGUGCCAUACUGUAUUUGCAAGUUACUCAUCUUACAGUAAGUAUUGUAAAAAGAAAACAACUCUACAUCUCUUCUUCUGCAACAGCUACUCACGUGCCCACGCAUGCACACAAAAUGUAAAUAAAUGGAAAGAAAAAAUGAUGGAAGCAGAUAAAGCCAAAUCCCUCAGCUUCAGGUGUCUCUGUUUCAGAUCCACAUACUGCUUCUGUGCACAAGAAAAGGAGCUGUGUAAGCCUGUGAAUUCUGCAGUCCUGUAAGCUGUCACUCAGCACCCACUGAUGUCAUUAAAAAAGAAUGGUAAAGGAGAAUGAUUGGCUCUUGUAGUGCUUCUUUUUAGCACUGUUUGAGGUGAUACAUAUGCCACAGAAAGUGAACAAUAAUCUAUUGCAGUUCAGUCAGUCUGCUGUCAUGCACCGUUCGGUUUCCCUUUUGGAAGUCUCAUGACUCCUGAUGCCAAAAAAACAAAAACACAUUUAAGAAAAGAGGAAAAAAAAAAAAGGAGGGUGGGGGGAGGGGGGAAGAAAAGGUGACAAAACUCACACAUUUCUAUUUUUUAAACAGCUCUGUGUUUGUAUGUAAUGUUUAAAAUAGAAAUCUGAUGAAAUCACAGCCUGGCCACUGUUAAUCCAUGUAUUCUGAAAACUGUAAUAAAGCUAUACAUAACACGA